AGACGGGAUGAUGGUUUGGAGUUCAUGAGCUGGAUGUGUGGUCUUACGGAUUUGCUUUGAGCUUCGGACUUAAGCAUGCAGUGCUAUACGGAAUUGCUUCCUCCUUCGGGGGUAACCCAUGCCAUUUCUCUGCCUUUCUUGUCAGCGACAUCCAACAAUUUGAUAGUCGCAAAGACGUCAAUACUUCAAGUCUUCUCGUUGGUGAAUGUCGCCUAUGGGACAAGCGCACUUCCAAAUGCGGAUGACAAAGGCCGAGUUGAGAGGCAGCAAUAUACCAAACUAAUCUUGGUUGCCGAAUAUGACCUCUCCGGGACAAUAACCGGCUUGGGGAGAGUGAAAAUUCUCGAUUCAAGAAGCGGUGGAGAGGCGCUGCUAGUUGCAACCCGAAAUGCGAAGUUAAGUCUCGUCGAGUGGGACCAUGAAAGACAUGGAAUAUCGACCAUAUCCAUUCACUAUUAUGAAAGAGAAGAUGUGCACAGCAGCCCCUGGACGCCAGAUCUAAAACUUUGCCCGAGCCUUCUGGCAGUGGAUCCAAGCAGCAGGUGCGCCAUUUUGAAUUUCGGCAUUCAUAGCGUCGCCAUUCUUCCCUUUCACCAAACAGGCGAUGACCUCGUCAUGGAUGAGUUCGACGGAGACUUAGACGAGAAGCCGGAAGGAGCAAGCAAUAUCCCUGCACAAAUCGCCGUUGAAAAUGAUACGACAAUGUACAAAACACCCUAUGCAUCCUCCUUUGUGCUUCCGUUGACCGCCUUGGACCCUGCUCUUGUCCAUCCGAUACACCUCGCAUUUUUAUAUGAGUAUAGAGAACCUACGUUUGGCAUCCUCUAUUCUCAUCUUACGACCUCAUCCGCUCUUCUCCGUGACAGAAAAGACAUAGUUUCAUAUUCUGUGUUUACUCUAGAUAUACAACAACGGGCAUCAACAACCCUCAUUACAGUCUCGCGAUUACCAAGUGACCUAUGGAAGGUCGUUCCCCUCCCGCCUCCCAUCGGAGGCGCCCUGUUGAUUGGGUCCAAUGAGCUAAUCCAUGUCGACCAAGCGGGUAAAACCAAUGCCGUUGGCAUAAAUGAGUUUGCUCGACAGGCAUCUGCGUUCUCAAUGGUGGAUCAAUCAGAUCUAGGACUACGUCUUGAGGGCUGUGUGGUUGAACAGCUGGGAACUGACAGCGGUGACAUAUUGCUGGUUUUAGCAGAUGGCAAGAUGGCUAUAUUACGACUCAAAGUCGAUGGGCGUUCUGUGUCUGGGAUCUCAGCACAAUUGGUCUCUGAAAAAGCUGGAGGUUCCAUUCUGAAAGCGAGACCUUCCUGUUCGGCUAGUUUGGGCAGGGGAAAAGUAUUUUUUGGAAGCGAGGAGACCGAUUCUCUUCUGAUAGGAUGGAGUCGUCCCUCGCAAUUGAUGAGAAAACCGAAAGUAGAGUCGGCCGACGAUGUAUUUGGAGAUCAUUCUGAAACAGAGGAUGAUGAGGAUGACAUUUAUGAAGAUGAUUUGUACUCCACUCCGGUCAACCAAACUACGCUCUCCAAAACCACCUCGCAGACAAACGGCCUGAACAAGGACGAUUUUGUUUUCCGUUCGCACGAUCGAUUAUGGAACCUGGGCCCAAUGAGCGAUGUAACCCUGGGAAGGCCUCCUGGCUCGCAUGAUAAAAACAGAAAGCAGUCAUCGUCCAGAACAUCCGCUGAUUUAGAACUUGUUGUCACUCAAGGGAAAGGUAAUGCGGGCGGUCUUGCGGUUCUACAACGGGAGCUGGAUCCGUAUGUUAUCGACUCCAUGAAAAUGGAUAACGUCGACGGAGUUUGGUCGAUUCAAGUCGGGGCCCCUGACUCCACAAAUACACGAACUUCUUCACGCAAUUACGAUAAGUAUCUGGUUUUCUCGAAAUCAACAGAGCCCGGGAAGGAGCAAUCGGUUGUAUACUCGGUUGGUGGCAGCGGAAUUGAGGAAAUGAAAGCUCCGGAAUUUAAUCCCAAUGAGGAUUCGACUGUGGAUAUCGGCACGCUCGCUGGCGGAACUAGAGUAGUUCAAGUGCUUAAAUCCGAGGUCCGGAGUUAUGAUACUAAUCUUGAGUUGGCCCAAAUUUACCCCAUUUGGGACGAAGAUACCAGCGACGAGCUCUCUGUCGUAAGCGCUAGUUUUGCUGAACCAUAUGUCCUGAUUGUCCGAGACGAUCAGUCACUCCUCUUACUUCAAGCGGACAAGAGUGGGGAUCUGGACGAAGUCAACAUCGACGGAAUUUUGAGCUCCCAUAGGUGGCUGUCUGGCUGUCUCUACCUUGAUAAAUAUCAUACCUUUGUCCCGACCAAAGGCCAAGAUCAACCGUUAUCCGAUAACAUUCUUUUAGUUCUUCUACGAGCAGACCAUACUUUAUUCAUAUUCUCUCUCCCUACACUUACGGAGCCACUCUGCUCCGUCGACGGCGUGGACCUUUUGCCGCUUAUUCUUUCAUGCGAGCCACCUCCUAAACGAGUGACAUAUCGUGAAACAUUAUCGGAAGUAUUGAUCGCGGACCUUGGCGACUCUAUCAGCAGGCAGCCCUACAUAAUACCAUACCAUCCGAAAACCUCUUUGGACAAACAGGAACUUCGAUUUGUGAAGAUAAUUGACCAUUUCUUGCCCAGAUUUGACCCUUCGCCGAAGGCAUAUAUGCCUCGUUCUAAAUUUUUGCGUGCAUACUCUGAUAUUUGUGGUUAUAAAACCGUUUUUAUGUCUGGCUCAAAUCCAUGUUUUGUUAUGAAAUCCUCUACGAGCUCUCCUCACGUUUUGAGACUAAGGGGGGAGGCCGUCUCCUCUCUUAGCAGCUUCCACAUCCCGGCUUGCGAGAAAGGGUUUGCUUACGUCGAUGCAAGCGUAUGUGUGCCAAAACAAUAUUUCGUUCCUUGGAAUAAGCUGAUUUUGGUGAUACAGAACAUGGUUCGAAUGUGUCGAUUACCGGGCAAUACUCGUUUUGACAAUUCGUGGGUCACACGAAAAGUGCAUGUUGGAGACCAAAUAGAUUGUGUGGAAUAUUUUGCGCAUUCAGAGAUCUACGCAUUAGGGAGCAGCCAUAAAGUGGACUUCAAACUUCCAGAAGAUGACGAAAUACAUCCCGAAUGGCGAAGUGAAGUUAUUUCAUUUAUGCCACAGUUAGAAAGAGGGUGUAUAAAGCUGCUUAGUCCUAGGACGUGGUCUGUCGUUGAUAGUUACGAGCUUGGCGAUGCUGAGCGUGUCAUGUGUAUGAAGACAAUCAAUAUGGAAAUUUCCGAAAUCACACAUGAAAUGAAAGAUAUGCUGGUUGUAGGAACUGCCACAGUGCGAGGCGAGGAUAUUACUCCCCGUGGUUCCAUUUACGUUUUCGAAAUUAUUGAAGUAGCUCCCGAUCCGGAUCGUCCAGAGACAAACCGGAAGCUCAAAAUUUUUGCCAAGGACGACGUUAAAGGCGCAGUAACUGCUGUGUCUGGCAUCGGUGGACAAGGCUUUCUGAUCAUGGCUCAAGGCCAGAAGUGUAUGGUCCGUGGCCUCAAGGAGGAUGGCAGUCUCCUUCCAGUAGCAUUCAUGGAUAUGCAAUGUUAUGUCAAAGUCUUGAAAGAGCUCCAGGGAACCGGAUUAUGCAUCAUGGGCGAUGCCCUUAAGGGAAUUUGGUUUGCAGGAUAUUCUGAAGAGCCAUACAGGUUGACCCUUUUCGGCAAGGACAACGAGUACCUCCAGGUCAUCGCCGCUGACUUUUUGCCGGACGGGAAAAGGCUAUAUAUCUUAGUAGCUGAUGAUGAUUGCACCAUUCAUGUCCUUGAAUACGACCCAGAAGACCCUACGUCGUCGAAAGGUGAUCGACUUCUACAUCGCAGUAGUUUCCACAUGGGCCACUUCACUUCAACAAUGACGUUGCUACCUCAGCACUCCAGUUCACCUUCUGCUGAUGAUCCCGGAGAAGAUGACAUGGAUGUUGACUAUGUGCCUAAAUCUUAUCAAGUCCUUGUGACAUCCCAGGAAGGCUCGAUAGGUGUCGUAACUCCUUUGACCGAAGAUUCGUACCGCCGCCUUUCGGCGUUACAAUCUCAAUUGGUAACAAGCAUGGAGCACCCUUGUGGAUUGAACCCGAAAGCAUAUCGGGCGGUUGAGAGUGACGGGUUCGGCGGAAGAGGAAUUGUUGAUGGGAACCUCUUGUUGAGAUGGCUUGACAUGGGCGUGCAGCGGAAGGCGGAGAUAGCGGGUCGAGUCGGUGCUGAUAUAGAGAGCAUCCGGGUAGAUCUUGAGAAAAUUAGUGGCGGAUUGGAUUUCCUGUGAAUGCGGGGAAUGGCUGUGAUGGUAGAUUGUGAGGCAGGUCAAGAUGUUUUGUCGGAAUACCGGAAUUGAUUGGUCGUUUAUGGCGUAGAGAUGGUCUAAUGAUGGUAUGCUAGUAAGGGGUAUCAAUCCUUUUGGAUAUAAUUUAAAUACAGUACUGGUAC